AUGUACAACAAUCACCGUGGCCUGGGCCCUGCCCCAGGUAAUGCACGACUGAACGAACUUUUAGACAGUGUUCGCGCAGAGUUCGAGAACCAAGCGCGAGUGAGUGGAGAGGUAGAACAGUCAAUGACACAUCAAAUUAAUGAGAUGGCAAUGGUUAGAGAAAAAGUAUAUAACAUGGAGCAAGCACAUCUUGCCAUGAAGUCGAAGUACGAGGAAGAGAUUGCACGCUUGAUCCGUGAGCUUGAUGCUCGAGGUGGUCCUCGUCCAGCUGGAAUCCCCGGAGCAGGACCACAAGCGCCCAAUUCUGGUCCAUCACAACCAGCCCCAUCUCUCGGCCAUGGCCCAAGCAACCUAUUCGGUGGCAUAAUGGCAGGUGGUCAAGGUGGCCCAGGUCUGGCCCCUCCCCCACAACAAGCUCAAGAGCAACAACACCCAGGACUACAACAUCAAAUGCCCCAACCCCCACCGCCCCCAGCUCUUCAGGGGCCUCCGCCUCAACAACAACAGCCUCCUCAGCAGCAGCCUCCAUUUCAGAGUGGUGGAUAUCCUGGAGGCCCAGCUCCAAAUGGAUAUGGGGCGCAACCUCCUCAGUCGACCUCAUCUCCAGGUCCCGGAAAGGGACGCAUUCUCAAUCGUGGAAUUGGUGGUCCAGCUACUCCUCAGUUGGGUCAGGCUCCCCCUCCACCAUACGCAGACCCGAGAGCCGCAGCCUCACCUCAAGUGGGUCAUAUCCCAAAUCAGCAACAUCCACAAUUCAGAGUCGGGAAUGCAUUGGCUGAAUUAGAUCUCGAACGACUUCCCGCUCAUCAGAAAAAGGUCGACUCUGACUGGUUCGCUAUUUUCAACCCAGAAGUUCAACGAGUCCUAGAUGUUGAUCUCGUUCAUACCCUCCAACACGAGAGUGUUGUUUGCUGUGUUCGUUUCAGUCACGACGGGAAAUAUGUGGCAACCGGAUGUAACAGAUCUGCCCAAAUCUUCGACGUUAUUACCGGACAAAAGAUUUGCAUUCUUCAAGACGAGAGUGUUGACUCCGUUGGCGAUCUUUAUAUUCGCAGCGUUUGCUUCAGUCCUGAUGGAAGAUAUCUUGCUACCGGUGCCGAGGACAAGUUGAUUCGUGUCUGGGAUAUUGCUAGCCGAACUAUUCGAAAUACUUUUGCUGGUCACGAGCAGGACAUUUAUUCCUUGGAUUUUGCUCGUGAUGGUCGUACCAUCGCAUCUGGAAGUGGAGAUCGCACAGUUCGUCUGUGGGAUAUCACCGAAGGACAAAAUAUUCUUACCCUCAGCAUUGAAGAUGGUGUCACUACGGUUGCUAUUUCUCCAGAUACCAAGCUUGUUGCCGCCGGAUCUCUCGAUAAGAGCGUUCGUGUUUGGGAUGCAAACUCUGGAUACUUGGUUGAGCGACUUGAAGGUCCGGAUGGUCACAAGGAUUCGGUCUACUCGGUUGCUUUCGCUCCUAACGGAAAGGAUCUUGUAUCUGGAAGUUUGGACAAGACCAUCAAAAUGUGGGAACUUGUUGCACCGAGAGGUGGUCACCCCAACAAUGCACCAAAAGGCGGAAGAUGUAUUAGAACGUUUGAGGGACACAAGGACUUUGUUCUUUCCGUUGCUCUUACUCCUGAUGGAAACUGGGUUCUUUCCGGAUCCAAGGACCGUGGUGUCCAAUUUUGGGAUCCUAGAACCGGUAACACGCAACUCAUGUUGCAAGGUCACAAGAACAGCGUCAUCUCGGUUGCACCAAGUCCAAGUGGUGGCUCAUUUGCCACUGGUAGUGGAGAUAUGAGAGCAAGAAUCUGGAGCUACAAACCAUAUCAUGCACCAAAUUAG